UAUUCCCUCGCAAAGAGGCGCGAGAGGCGUAGGGCCGCCAGAGGGCGCGCCGUCGCCCUUCCUUUUAACCUCUUUUAGCGACGCCGAUUUGCAGCAGAAAGAAACUUUCCGGCUGGAUCAGCUCCGUCCUCCGUUGGAAACGGAGAACUGGGUGCGCGGCUGCAGAUUUGCUGCGCGUUGCGGCGGCGGCGGCGGCUGCUUCUUCCUUGGGCGCCGUCGUGAUGGUUUGCUGCUUUCCCCCCAGAUGAGAUCUUUGGCCUGAUCCGGAUUCUUGAUUGAUUUCUUUUUCAGUGGGGCUUCCCAGAACUGCACUUUGCCGGCCUCUCCUCCGAAGGCAGCUGCUCCUCUCUGUCUCUCUCUAGGAUCCUGCCAGCUGCAGAGAAGAUGAAGCCCUCCUGGGUGCCCUGGCUCUGGAUCCCCCCAGUGGCGCUCCUGGACUUCUUCACCCUCCGCCUGGCCUGGCAUCUGCUGAGGCUUCCCCAGUGGAGCCCCCUGGUGGCGUCCUGGGCCGCUGCCCUGGCGCGGUGCCUGCUGCUGACCCUCUCGGCUUGUGCCGCCACCUGCUGUGGGGGUCCCGGGGUCCAAGACAGCCUCUUGCCUGCAGCGCUCCUCCUCAGCUUCCUGGUCCCCUGCUACACAACCCUGCAACACCUGUUUCUGUCUGAAGGGGUCGCCCUAGAGCUAGCGCACGACUGGGCCCGGGCAGAUGUGUUUGCCCUCAGCUAUGUUGUUGUGGGGGCAUCGGCCCUGUUGUGGCACCACCUCGCCCCCCACAGGAAGGGGGAGGUGGAGACGAAAUCUUCUGCGUCCUUUUGGCGCCUUGUCGCCACCAUGAGGCCAAAUGUGCUUAGGUUCGUAGCCAUCGCUGUGCUGCUGGUGGUCUCGUCCUUAGGUAAGUGA